CUUUCUGUCGAAAUCCCAGGAAUUCGGGAGGCUUAAACCGCCGGCGCACGGGCCGCCCCUCAGCGCCGCCGCCGCCAACAUGGCUGCCCUGGCAACGGCCGUCGCUGCGGCGGCCGCCGGGCAGCAACAGAAUGACAGCUGUUCCAGUACUGCAGGUGCUGGUCGACAAUUUCAGAACUGGAAGAUGAAGGAUGAACAAUCUAAGAAAGCUGAAUUCAUAAGAACUGCAGAAAAGCUAAAAACCCAGCUUGCAAAUACAGAAAAAGACAAAAAUGGACAUCUUUACAAUAGGAAGAGUGAUUUCAGGGUAGAAUACAGCAUACUAGAGGAACUGGAACGUACCAUGACUGUCAGCAGGAAAACUGAAAAAGCAAAACUCCUGCAGCAGCUAUCAAAAAUACAAAAUAAUGUGAAGAGACUUCAGCGACAAUUAAAAGAUGUGAAGCCUACACCAGAAUUUGUUGACAAGCUCAAGGAAAUGAUGGAAGAAGUUGAAAAUGCAAUCAAUGCUUUUAAAGAGGAACAGAGACAAAUAUACGAACAGCUUUUGAAGGAGGAAAAAACCGCCAUUAAUGAGCUCAGUGUCUUUGAGAGAAAAGUGGAACUGUGGGCGUUAGGCAGCUCAACAAUGGAAAAAGCUUUGAAAUUACCAUCAGCCAGGAUCUCAGUUGAUAAAACACUGGAAAAUCAUCUACCUGAAGAAGUAGUAGAGUUUGAAAGAUUUCUUCAGCGAACAGGAGGGAGGCAAGGAGGCUGGGAUGAUUAUGAUCAUCAAAAUUUUCUGAAAGUAUGGACAAAACACAGAGGAAGGCUGUCUUACAUGGAUGAAGCCCUUGAGUAUCUCUGUGGUAGAACAAAAGAAGAUAUUGAACAGCAUUGCAAAUGGUAUCAAGAGUUUCUAAUUUUAAACGAACGAAAGAAAGAGUCAAUUAAGCAGUGGAAAGAAAAGCAGCAGCAAGAAAAAGAAGGAAACUUGAAGGAGAAAGAGAAAGCAGAAAAAAUGCUCAACGAAGAAUGGCUACAGCGUGAAGAAGCACAGAAGCAAAAAGCAGAAGAAAGAAAAAAACAACAAUCAGUAAUUGAAGCAUGGAAGAAACAGAAAGCAAUAGCAUUUGCAAUGGAACAAGCAUCGCAAUUAAAACUAGAAGAAGAGAAGGAGAAAAAACAAGGAAAAGAACGCCAGCGCCAACUCCAUAUGAAGUUACUGUUGGAAAGCUAUACCUUGCAGAAGAAAGAGAAGAAUGAACUUGAAAAGCUUGAAAACAAGAACAGAGAGGAAGCUGAAAAGGAGGAAAGGAAAAGAAUUGCUGCAGAAGAAAUUACUAAGUUUCAAGGGCGUGAUCUACAUAAACUGGAGCUAAGGAUUCUACAGAAACAAGCUAAAGAAUUAAAGAAAGGAGAAAAAGAAAAAAGGUUGGCAAAGUUAAGAGAGAAGGUGGAGAUUCGUGUCACCAGUGACCGCAGACGUACCAAGGGCUGGGAGGAAUGCACGAAAGGGAUGGCACCAGCAGCCUCUGAAACAUUUCUACCUGUUCCCAAGCUGCCCCAGCCUGGAGACAACAGCCGUAGAUGAGCACCUGUCGCAGGAUGACGACUGCCUCGCCUGCACAAUGGCCAGCUGUCCUCAGGACUUGUCACAAAAUUCGCUUGACACGAUCAUAGAAUCAUAGAAUCUUCAUGAUUGGAGAGGACCUUUGAGAUCAUCAAGUCCAACCAUACACACAAAAAAAAACCCCCAAGCAAACAACCCCUACAAUCUCUGCCACUAGAGCAUGCCCUGAAGUGCCAAAUCUAGACGUUUCUUAAAUACAUGUAGGGAUGGUGACUCAACCACCUCCCUGGGCAGGCUGUUCCAGGGCCUGACCACUCUUUCAGUAAAGUAAUUCUUCCUAAUAUCUAAUCUAACCCCCCCCCUGCUGCAGCUUCAGACCAUUUCCUCUGGUCCUGUCAUUAUUC